UUUUCGACAGGGCUGUGAGGUUAAAGUACAGACUUUGGUGAGCAUCAGCCUUUAUUGAGGAGACAGGUCAGCAUUAAGGUACAUCAAGAUACUCCAUGGUCUUUUUUUAAAAAUUCAGUCAUGGGAUGAGAAUGUUGCUUAUUGUCCAGAGAUGUCCGAGUCAAAUCUAGGUCAGACCAGAUUAUCCCAGGACAAAGGGGUAUUGGUGGCAGCAAACUACCUCAAACAGAUGGAGGUGGCAGAUACCAGAAGGUGCCAGGAAUGGUCAUCUGGGAAGAUACCACACUUAGCACGAAGUUGAUCCUUCCUUAGAACAACUUAGUUUUCCUCCAUACCAUCUCUCACUUCUGAUCUGGUGUGAUCAACUGAGCUAGAAUGGGUAAGCAGAAUAGUAAACUGCGCCCCGAAGUCCUUCAGGAUCUUCGCGAGAACACAGAAUUCACCGACCAUGAGCUCCAGGAAUGGUACAAAGGCUUCCUGAAAGAUUGUCCAAGUGGCAAUCUGACUGUUGAUGAAUUUAAGAAAAUAUAUGCAAAUUUCUUCCCUUAUGGCGAUGCCUCCAAAUUUGCAGAGCAUGUAUUCCGCACCUUUGACACCAAUGCUGAUGGAACGAUUGAUUUUCGAGAAUUUAUUAUUGCGCUAAGUGUCACAUCCCGUGGCAAGCUGGAGCAGAAGUUGAAGUGGGCGUUCAGCAUGUAUGACCUGGAUGGAAAUGGGUACAUCAGUCGAGAUGAAAUGCUAGAAAUUGUACAGGCAAUCUACAAGAUGGUGUCCACUGUGAUGAAGAUGCCUGAGGAUGAAGCAACACCAGAGAAAAGAACAGAUAAAAUCUUCAGGCAGAUGGAUACAAAUAAUGAUGGUAAAUUGUCCCUUGAAGAAUUCAUUAAAGGUGCCAAGAGUGACCCAUCCAUUGUACGAUUACUACAAUGCGACCCAAGCAGUGCAUCUCAGUUCUAAUGGGACAUGGUAGUAUCAACACUGACCGCCUGAAGUAAAGGAGCAAGCUUUCAUUCCUGCUGGAUUGCCAACCCUUUGUCUGACCUCCAUCUCAUCAUGAAUUGAUCCUCCUGCCAUAAGAGGGUGAUUGACUAACAUGGAUAACAUAUUCUACCCAAGCUGUCUUCAAAGGAGCUUUUAGUCACUGCGUUGUCACUUUUGUGUUUUCUGUAAGGUGGAACAUCAAGCAUGCCAUCACUUUCAGGGCAUUAGUGGGAAGUACAUAAUGUUCUCCACUAUGAAUCAAAUGUAAUGCACAUGUUCAACAUUGGCCUACAAUCCAAACAUACAAAAAAGACAUUACGAAUGUAAAGAUGCCGCUCCCUUAAAUACCAUACAUGGGAGUUUGUGAACACGCUUCAAGUACAUUGUAGCUGCUCUAGCUUUUGCUCCUGUGUUGCAAACCUAAAACAACUACAAUUCCUGCAAUGAUCUAAACUUCUCUGCGUGUGAAUUUUUUCCUUUAUGGGCAAUUUCAGUCAGUGAGCCCCAGUUCACUGUGGGAUAUGUAGUUUAUACUUAGAAAGCAGGAGAGAUAUUACAAAUAUGAGUGUGAGGUGAGGUUUAAGCUGGGGCAAAAUGUUUGAGUGGCUUCCACAUUCCCAGUGAGAUUGUUGACAUGUAUACAGAAUGUACCCUGACUAUAACUUUGGCUCUUCAAAAUGAUGCCCAUUCCAAUCAAGCACCACUGUUUUACAAAUUAGAUUUUUAAUUAGAUCCCUUUGCUAACAUAUUAAAUUCAGCAGUUUCCCAAGGCAUGGUUUGUGAACCAGUGACUUCACAGCAAAUAGAAACCAACAUGAACUUGUCUAAAAUUGUUGAAAAUUACUAUUUUCUCCUUCAUCUCAUGUCAAACUAAAAAUGUGACUAAUCUCCAAGAUUCCAUUUUACCUGAUGGUGAAAAGGGGGAAACAGUUAGGGAUGGGGUGGGGGUGUGGAGUGUUUUGGUGGAGGAAAAGGAUCAACUUGCUCCAGUUUAAAUUCCCCAAAAAAUGUUGUUUGAGUAUAUCAAGUCUGACAAGACUGGAUUUGUCCUUGUCUCUAUGGAUUAAAGUGCCGUAAAAUAACAUUAUAUAGGUCAUCCUAAUGGAAAAGUGUCUGCUAUGGUCUGCUAUGUUUUUAGACUAAUUGGUGAAUGACUGUUGCCAUUGAUGCAAAUGUGACAACGUUGAGUGUAAAAAAGUCGUAAAUAAGCUUGAUUUAUGUACUGGAUAUUCAUGGUAUACCUCACUUCUAUUACAUAAUAUGGCCAACAAUCAUAGACCAGCACCAUCCGUGCUAUUAGAACUGCACAAGGGAAUAUUUUGGAUAGGUAGGCUUCAUGGACCUUUGGUCUGCUCCUGCCUGAAACUGUUACCAACCCACAAUGUUACAAUACCAAAACUGGAAUGGAUAUAUACUUAAACCUCCCUACAAGUACACAAAAUCUGUUAUAGCAGGGGUGUGUUACAUGGCUUCAGAUCUGGAGGAGCCAUUAGCAGUGCAUUUUACAUCAUGGUAGAGGGGAUUGUUGUAAUGAAAGG